CCUUAACCCUAAACUACACACACAGGAAAAGAAGCCCCUCACUUCCCUCGUUCGUCACUGGCCACAAACUCUUUCUCUCUCUCGGGAUUCAUUCUCCGUGCCAAAAGAGCAGCACUUUCCUCUGCUCAACAAAGCUACCAAUAAGAUUUAGGAAAGUAUUGAAUUCUUGUUAUCGGUCAAAGAGUUGGCUAUUUUUCUUUAAUUAUGCAAAUACCCAGAUGGAGAAACGUGUUGAUAUUCAAGAAUUCAUUGGUACCAGCUUUAUCACAAUCAAUAACUACAAAGACCCAUUUUGCUUCAAUUCAUUCUACACCUAUUACAUGUGAUAAACGGAAGAGCAAACGGGACGGUGUGAAUGAUGAAAGAGGAUCUCAACAACCAUCUAAGGCUUACAUAAGAUAUUCAAUACGCCAAAAACCCUCUGCUGCAAAGAGAGCAUUGCAAGGCCUUCUGUACAAUAGUGGAGUUUCUAGAAGUUCAUAUCAGCAUAUAGAACCUAUACAGUCAUUUGAUGCAGAGCCAUCAGUUGGUUCCAGAAAAAAGAAAUUGAAGGCUACUGCUCAACGUGCUAAGAAAUAUCACCAAGACAGAAUGAGAAGUAAGCUAAGAAGAGAGAGUUUCUCAGAUGACUUUGGUGACCCCGAGACAAUUUCUCGAGCUACAUUCAAAAACAAACGGUAUACGAGGUCUAAUAAGUCUUUCAGAAGUGAACCAUCUGGAUUUGAGUGGAGAGAGCCUCUGAAGUGGAAGAAUCAAAGAUACAAAGGAUGGAAUGCUACUAGUGAAACAGAGUAUGACAAUACUUCAUAUUCUGUAGGAUCACAUUCUGACAGAACAAUACUUGGUCUGCCUCCAACUGGACCUCUAAGGAUUGAAGAUGUGAAGAAUGCUUUCCGCCUCUCAGCUUUAAAAUGGCAUCCUGAUAAGCAUCAAGAUGCUUCACUGGCACUCGCUGAAGAGAAAUUCAAACUUUGUGUUGACGCAUACAAAUCAAUAUGUGAAGCUCUCGCCUGAGUUAAAGCACCAGGCUGCUACUGGAAUCCAUACUGUUUCUUUAGUCUCUCAGCAGCAAUGAUGGAGAAGAGGUGUACUAUAUCAUUUAUUUAUACUUUUUGUUCACAAUAGUAUGGGCACUAAAUCCUCUCUUUUUUCCACUCUACUGAUCAAUUCCUUAACCCUUUUUCAAUAGGAAGGGUUCAAUUUGAGAUUUCGAUCGCAUUAGAUUAGUGGAUGCUGGUGGGUUUUGGUUUUACUUCAAUCCAUUAUUAAAAGAGAGAGAGAGAGAGAGAGGAAGGGUUUGGAUUGCUUGGACCAGAUUUGACAUUACACUGUUUAAAAUUACUUAAACAUACAAUGAAACUCACAUAAUAAUUCUUUUCAUAUCA